AUGAAUCAACAAUUUUAUAAUUUCCUAAACAUACCAAUCACUCAAAAUCCAAAACCUGAAUUAGUUAGAGUAAGAUUAGCAAAAUAAUUUAUUGUUGCAUAAGUAUUAUAUAUUUUCAAUACAUGGAAAUAAAUACAAAAUGAUUAGUCUAUCACUUUUGGAUUGAUUGGAUGUGGAUAAGUGGGAAAGUUGAUAAUUAAUUCAAUUAUUCCAUAUGCUAUUAAAUACUAUGAUCUAAAACCUUAAGAUGUUCAUAUAUCUACAAGAAGGUAUAAUAUUUAUAUUAAUUAAAUAGACCUGAAUAAAUUCAUUAUUAUGUUACAAAAGGUUAUUAGGUAUACUUUGAUAAUGAUAAAUUAUUACAAUAAUGCAAUUUUGUGGUUAUUGCUAUUCCACCAGUGAUUGAUAAUUGGAAUAUAUUGGAAUUAUAAAAUAUAAAUCCAAAGGCUUAUAUAGUUUCAUUACUAUCAACUUUAAAAUUGCCUCGAUUAAAACAAUUACUUAAAUUAGAUAAUUAUUUAUAUCAUACAUAAAUUUCUUAAUAAUAACUGGAAUAAGCAAUCUUAAGCUAUAUAGAAUUAAUAGAGUAAAUAAAACCAGGUGUUUUUCAAACUCAAAUUUAGGAAGACAUUGUCAAAUUAAUUACUGAAUAAAGUCAUAAUCAUUUUAUUGAUGGAGAAAAUAGGAUAUAACUCUUUUUAUAAUCUUUUGGAAUUGAAUUAAUUGAUAGUUAAUAUUAAAAAAUAUUUGGAAGAAAUAAAUAGGAGUUUCAAACAUAAAUAGAGAAAUUAUUCAAAAUGAGUUUCACUAAAUCUAUGCUUUAAUUUCAAAAUUUUAUUUAAAAAUGA